AUGGCGAGAUCGCGCGGCGGCGGCGGCGUUUACUCCGGGACCCGGCUCGCCGACGGCGUCCCGGUAAGAGACGGGGCCGGGUCGGAGGGGGGCGGCGGGAGACAGGAGUGGGCGGCGAGCUCCGAGCUCAGCGCGCCGCUCGCCUUGGCUCGCAGGGGGCCAUCGAGCGAGUGUGCCGGGAGCGCAUCUCGGAGUGGGCGCGGCUGGAAAGUGAGCGGGGCCAGCAAGAGCAGCCGGCGGGACGGGCCGGGCGGGGCUGAGGCGAGGCCCGGCACGGGGGUGCCGAGUGCGCGGCGCAGCAGCGGCCCCGCUGACGGCAUCGCGGUCCCCCCGCAGCACAAGGGCGCCCUUGUGCCCCUGGAGCUGGCGCUGCUGUGGAUGGUGUCGUGGCCUGGCUUCCGCGGCAUCGUGCGGCUCCUGGACUGGUUCGAGGUGCCCGAGGGCUUCGCGCUGGUCAUGGAGCGUCCGCAGCGCUGUCAGGAGCUCUGGUACUUCCUGCACGAGCGGCGGUUCCAGACGGAGCCCGUGGCGCGGCGCUGUUCGGCCAGGGGCUGGAGGCGGGGCGGCACUCACUGCAGCAGCCGCCGCUUCCCGCGCCGCCACAUCAAGGCCGAGAACGUUCUCGUCCACUUGGCCACCGGCGAGGCGAAGCUCAUCGACUUCGGGUGCGGCACGAUCCUCCAGGACACGUUCUACACCCGGAUGCCAGGAAUGCCAGAGUACAGCCCACCGGAGUGGAUCCUCUUUGGCUGCUACCAAGGCCAGCUAGCCACCAUCUGGUCCUUGCGCAUCCUGCUGUAUGAGCUGGUCUGCGGGCACCUUCCUUUCCACCCCAGUGAGGACAUCAUCUGGGGCCAGCUCUUCUUCCCGCCCCGGGUAUCUCAAGAAUGCCAGCACCUCAUCAGGUGGUGUUUAUCCAUGGAUCCCACAGACAGACCAUCCUUGGAAGACCUUUUUGAGCAUUCUUGGCUGCAGGACCCCCAUGUGGCCCAGGAGACAGCAGAGAUCCAUCCCUCUGCACAGUAGGAUCCAGCAAGUCCAGCUGCAUGUGUCUCAUGGCCCUGGAUGAAAACCCCAGAGCAUUUCUCUGUGGCUGUGGCACAGAGGAGAGAGUGCAGCCUAGGAGAUGCUUCCACUGGUCUCUGGCAAGGUGUGGAGGGAGCUCAGUGCUCCCUGUCCUGUUGGGAGAAUUGGUGGCAGAGCGGUGAAGUUGCCACAGACUGGAAAAGGGGAAACAUCCCCCUGCAGCUCAAUGGCAUCGUGAUGUCCCCACAAGCCAAGGCACAGCUGACGUGUUCUCCUGGAGCACGACGUGGAGCUGGGAACACCAUCCUGGAGCUGGCUGCUGGCAGGGCAGAGCCGAUUGGCUUUGGCUGCAGCCCCUGCCUGGAGGACACGCUCUGCAACCCGAUGGAAUCAAGAUGAGUCCCCAGCUGGUGCAGGGACAGGGGAUGCUCGUGCUUCCAGGCAUGGCAGGGCUUGGCUGGACCAGGUGCUGGAGGUUCCCUGCUCAGUGGCAAUGGGAAGAUUGCACCUAGUGACCAGACCAGACGGGGAAGCACCUGAACUGUCUGUGGAGCAUGUCCAGUGCCAGUGCUGCCCUUGCGGGGCACAUCCCCUUCAAGAAGGACAAGGAUCUCCUGCAGGAUCGGCUCCUCUCCUGGCAGCAGGUCUCCAGAUGUAGGUACCCAGCUCCACAGCUGGGCUGGCAGAAGAGCUCCUGGCAGACAGCAGCAGGCACACGGGCAUCAUCCCACUCUUGCAGCUGAGGAGGUUGCCAUGCUGUGCUGAAGUGGAGCGUGUGGAAUAUGGAAUGCCACGCUGCUCUCCUCUAAAAACAGAGAAUGGGUUGGGAAGUUUGGGCUCUGAGCACAGCCAGCAGCCUGGCCUGGGAACUGGCUGUGGUGGGACAGGGGGGACAGGAGCCUUCUGUGACCAACCAUGGCUCUCUGGUUUCUCUUUCCAGGCUGCCAGCACCUCAUGCCAUGGAUACAGCACUGCUCGGCCUGCUGGUCUGGGACGGCUGGAGGGCAGCGGGUGUUC